UUUCUUUUAUCAAGGUGCCUGAUGGCUAUCAUUGUUGUCUUGGUUGUAUUCUUGUUAAUCGAGCCCGGAAUUUCACAGUUGAAUGGCGAUGAAAACAUUAAUGGCAACGCACCCGUAAGAUCAUUCUGUGGUCCUAAUCCUCCAAUUAUUCUCUCAAGUUUUAUCAACAAUCGGAACUCAACCCUUACUCAACUCAGAAGUCAAUUAUCUAGCACUGGCGUAUUUUAUUCAAGGGCACAGAGUUUAAGUGACGGGGACUCCGUUUUUGGCGACGCCCAGUGCAGGCAGUACCUCUCCGAAGCUCAGUGCGUUGCCUGUUUUAAUUCUUGUGUAUCUCAACUCGUGCCUUGCAUAACUGGCAAUGGUGCUUAUGCUUUCUCUGAUAACUGCUUUGUCAGGUAUGAGAACUAUCCCAAUUACUACAAUGACCCAUCUGCGGUGGAGCAGAUCACCUUCCUUCCACUUGACAUAUGUGGGAAUCAGUCGGCAUCUCAGACGUCAAGUUUUAGUGAAGCUGUUGAUGAGUUGUUAUCAGAUAUUAGAGUUGCUACUCCGAGAGCCCCUAACUGGUAUGUAGCAUCCACCAGACAAGUCUCAAAUGAAAAUGCAACAGUGUACGCCAUUGCACAGUGUGUUGAAAAUACAAGCCGGACUAUUUGCCAAGACUGCUUGAAUAGAGCACAUAGUAAUCUAUAUAACUGUCUUCCUAAUACAGAAGGAAGGUUUAUUGAUCAGGGGUGUUUCGCAAGAUAUUCAAUCACUCCAUUUUUCAGUGAUAAUCAGACAAUUGAUAUCACAAAUCUACUAAAAGAAAAAAAGUCAAAUAAGGUACCCGUAAUUGCUGGAGCAGUUGGGGGUGUAGGCCUCUUCUUUCUUGUUAUUGCUUUGGGAUUAUAUUAUCUUAUGUGGAAGAAGUCUAAGAGGACUGAAGAAGAUGCACCAGUGUUCAAGGGGGCAGUCAACUACAAUUAUAAACAUUUGCAGCUGGCAACCAAUAAUUUCAGUGAAGAGAAUAGUAUAGGGAGAGGUGGAUUUGGUGAAGUAUUCAAGGCAAUUCAUGAGGAUAAUCAAGUUCUAGCAGUGAAGAAACUAGAAGUUCGUGAUGCAAGAGCAAAACUAGAAUUUGAAAAUGAAAUCUUUCUUAUAAGUCAAAUUCAUCAUCGAAAUCUUCUACGUCUUCUAGGAUGGUCAAGUGAAGGAUCCAAUCUACUACUUGUCCUGGAAUACAUGUCGAAUGGUAGUCUUGACAGCUUCCUAUGGGGUCCGAAAAGGGGGACUUUGAACUGGAAACAACGAUAUGACAUUAUAGUAGGGAUAGUCAGGGGUCUCGCUCAUCUACACAAUGAAUGCCAUGUAAAAAUCAUUCAUAGAGAUAUAAAAUCAAGCAACAUUCUCCUUGAUGACCAUUUUCAAGCUAAAAUAGCAGAUUUUGGUUUGGCAAAGUUUCAACCCGAUGAUCAAAGUCAUGUUGUCACAAAGUUUGCGGGGACAUUGGGCUAUACAGCACCAGAAUAUGCACGUCAUGGUCUUUUAUCAGAUAAAGUUGACACUUUCAGCCUUGGUAUAGUGAUUCUUGAAAUCAUUAGUGGCCAAAGGUGUAAUGACGUGAACAUUGAUGGACCUAUAACCGAGUACCUCAUCGAACAUGCAUGGAAGUUGUAUGAGAAUAAGGAACAUAUGAAGUUAGUUGAUGAGACAAUGGACGCGAGAAAAUAUGAAGAAGAACAUUUGAUGAAAAUCAUUGAGAUUGCUUUGUUGUGCACUCAGUCACCGGCUAUUAAUAGACCAACCAUGUCUGAAGUGCUUUUGAUGCUUCAAGAUGGCCAAUCAUUGGGGGAGAGACAACUAACCAGACCUACCUACAUUGAUCACAAUCGGAGGAUCCAUAUAGGCUCUAUAAAGAAUUCCAUCGCCACUGGUGAUCUUUUCCAAAAGCAAAAGGGAACAGAGACGAAUGAACAUGUACGCAUUAAUAAAGCAGAUGACCAACUAGAUGUAAUGGAGAAGGGGACCAAGGUUGCAAAUAUUUGGUAAAUUUUUUUAGUUAAUGUGUUCACAUUUUUUUCUGUAUAUAUAUAUCAUGCGAGGAAUAAAGUACAAUAUGUAGGAAUAGAAUAGCUUAGACAAGGAAACUUUUGUGGUAUGUACGG